AUGCCGAUGCCCCGCAGCCCAGAUGCACCCCGAUUCAGAGGCAAAUGGAUUGUCAAGUUCCUUAACAAAUACGAGUCACUGGCUGACGCAGCACUUUUCACGGAAGCUCAGAAAUGCGAUUUUCUGACCGCUUACUGCACUGACAAGGAAGUGAGGUUUAUUUCCACACUGGACGGAUUCGAGAACCCAAAUUGGGUGUUGCUCAAGAAAGACCUGCUGGACUUUUAUGAGAAAGGUCGAAAAAUGAAGACUGGCGACCAUCUUAACCGAUAUUUGCGCAAGUUUAGUGCUAUUUCCAAGUCCUUAGAUGCACAGGGUGCCCUCACCGUCGUUGAGCGCGAUGUGUUGUUUUUCCAUGGAUUUCCGUCAAAGUUUAGAAAAGAGAUCAAGUUUGACCUGCAAGUUCAAAGCCUGUGGCUUGAUUUGACUCAGCCCCCCAAUAUGCACGAUGUUGUUGCAGCGGCAAGGGCCCUGCUGCAAGAUGCCCACAAUCGCAAAAGAGCUAGUUCCUAUUCAUCGAUGUCCGAUGUGCGGACCAGUGUACAUGUCGCUUCACCAGUACUCUCGACGCAGUCCACAGUCCAGAGUGAUUUCGUGCCCAAGUUCGAAGAGACAAGUGCCAGUGGCUUGAUGCUAGAUCAGAUGGACCAGCACCAAUCCGAAGCAUGCGAAGCGUGGAGCGCCUACGGAACCAAGAUCGUUAUGUCCAGAGAUUACGUGGCUGAGCCAGAAUUUGAUGACGCAAGCCUAGAGGCAAGUGCGUGUGACAGUGCAAGUUGUUCCGAGGUGCUAGAGCUCAAUGAUCAAGAGCUAAGGCCUAGCAGCCUCGAACCUGUCUCAGAACCCGACGUUCUUGAAGAUCAAGUCUGCCAGACCUUAGAGCCAGCUGCGAUCUACUCAGUGUCUCCAGACAAAGCCGGAGAGCCUCAGCCAAUGAAAACAGUCAAUGAUGUCUUCGAUUCAGACUCGCAUUCUGAUAACGAGAACUUUUUCAAAACACCCCAUGAUGUACCCAGCCUUGAUUUGGAUUCGUGCCGCAACAACGAAAGUCCCCAUGAGACGGUUUAUGAGUGCUUUGAUCUGGACUCAUAUUUCGGUGAUGGUACCCUUCCACCAUUUUCUCCUAUUUUUCCCUUCACUGUUCCACAAUCCCGCAUGCAUGCAGACCCGUGGGAACGUUCUGGGCGAGUUACUCGCCCAGAAACCAUCACAGCCACGACCGUGGGAACUUUUUGGGCGAGCAGUUCACCCAGAAUCUUCCUACAGGGGGGUGCCAAUUAUGGAAAGUCGGCAAAGAGCCGAAAACUGUAUAGUUCCCGACUCCCAUUUGUAGCGGCUUCACAGGAGGUUGAGAAGGUUACCCUUCUUCUCAACUCAUUUCCUGUGAAGGCUGGGGCUAGCCCCCUCAGUGAGUUUGAAGAUCUCGGACUGGGACUAGAUACCCCAGCGACUAGGAGGAUCCCCCUGGGCCUGUUGCGGAACGAGGGCCGGGCCCUGACACCGGGUGAUGACUACGAUCCUGACUGGGAGUCGUACAUUGUGAAGGCUAAAGGUGCGGAAUUGAGCCACAGAUCAGAGACGCCAAGUGUUGCCGAGUCCGGCGUGGAGAUGAGCUCCUGCGAUGCCCUUACCAGUUCCUCUGUAUUGCCAGAGCCUGAUGAUAAAGAGCUGAGGCCUAACGGCCUUGAGUAUGUCUAUGAACACGACUCCUUCACUGAAGACCUAGGUCCCUCAAAGCAAGUGCCUACCGAGCCGCUAGAUCAAUGCCCAUCCGAAACACACACGACACCCAGUGCUGCUGAGGCGAAGUCGAUUGCCAUACCACCGAGUUAUGAGUCCGAGCAAGAGCUUGACGAUGCAAGCUACUUUGAUAUUCUCAUGCAAGACCUCGUUUGCCCAGAUGAAGUCAAAGAGCCUCAGUCAAUGGAGGCGAUCGGAUUUUAUGACGAGUUUCGCCUGGCCAAGUACUGCAAAUCUUGCCGCAAAAGUUCUGAGCACAAGUCGGAUGUGUUCAGGUUGAAAUUUGAGUUAGAAAUGUCACCCAUGUUCAAGGAUGCGACUGUACUGCCGUCAAGCGGAGACUACUGCCUUACAUAUGCGCGAGGAGAGCGUGUCUCAGAACAGGCAAUGGCAACGGAUGUCUUAUGUCGAAGUAAGGUCGAGCCUAUGUCCCCCAGCAUGAGCCCACGCCACAACGUGUUUAUUCCCAAACCGUUGCUACUGGUUGAACAUCUCAUCCCAGCCAAGGCAACCAGAGUAGUGCCGGCCAUAUCACUUGAUCAAGAUUAUGCCAAGUUACCCCCACGCGCGCUGAUCCUUACGCCAGAGACGUGCAGAUCCAACCGGCCGAGGCUUAGUGAUAGCCAAAAUCCUAUUUCACAUAGUGCUCCAUGCCACUCAAAACCAGCCAUAGCAGUCGGCCAUGUCAAGUGCCCAGCUGGGACACGCUGCGAGCAUUCCGCUGAGCCCCAAGCCGAACCUCCGUCCAGAGCUGAGUCCGAGUUGGACCAGCUGCUUAACGACUUAGAGUCGUUCAUCGUUGAAGACCGUAAUGAUGCUGAGACCCCCGUUGAGCUUGGGGACGCCAAGUCAUUGAGUCCAGAGGUGACUCGCGCAAUGUUCUGGUCUUCAAAUCAACCACUGCAUGAGUUGUACAAUGUCAACCAAGAUAAUGAAGUACCCGACAAUGCUAAAACGUUGCAUGUUGAGCCUGAGCUGGAUGAAGGCUAUAUCCCGCUGCCCGAGAAAGACCCAGAUAAGACCUUAGAGACACAGCACGGUCUGGGCAGCCAGUCGGCCCCACUUGUGCGUGAGCCUGGAACAAACCCAGAGGCCCAGCACACCCAGGUCACCGAGUUCCCCGGUGACACCCACACACUCGCGAUGCCGGAGGGCAUCUUUUCCCAAAUGGAGUUAGAGGCCAAGCUUAAAGAGCUAAGGCCUCCCGGCCUUAACAGUGAGCUCGAUCAUGGCCACCCGACGACAUGGUCCAUUUCGCUCAUGAUGAGUGACGGCACAGCACCUAUGAUGUCCAGGACAUGCGCGCUUGUAGACCGCUUCACAGGCACUCCAGCUGUAGCAUGGAAGUCCGAGUCCAGAUGCGAACCAAGACGUAGCGGCCAGCUCAAGACUAAAGAGCUCAAGCCUCCCUGGCGACGCUGA